AUGGGGAAGCUCUCAAAAGCCGAGAAGAAGAUCAACUACGAUGCCAAGCUCUGCAAGCACCUCGACGACUACGGUCAGGUUCUUAUCGUCGCCGCCGACAAUGUCGGAUCGAAUCAGCUUCAGAACAUCCGUCAGGGUUUACGUGGUCACUCCAUCGUUCUUAUGGGGAAGAACACCAUGAUGAAGAGGUCCAUCAAGAUCCAUGCUGAGAAGACCGGUAACAAUGCUAUUCUUAACCUCGUUCCCCUCCUCGUGGGAAAUGUGGGUUUGAUCUUUACUAAGGGUGAUUUGAAGGAAGUGAAAGAAGAGGUUGCUAAGUACAAGGUUGGUGCCCCUGCUCGUGUGGGUUUGGUUGCUCCGGUUGAUGUUGUUGUUCCUCCUGGCAACACGGGACUCGACCCAUCACAGACCUCUUUCUUCCAGGUGCUUAACAUUCCAACGAAGAUUAACAAGGGAACUGUGGAGAUCAUAACACCUGUCGAACUUAUUAAGAAGGGUGACAAGGUUGGGUCUUCGGAGGCUGCUCUUCUUGCUAAGCUCGCGAUUAGGCCAUUCUCUUAUGGCCUUGUCGUCCAGAUGGUGUAUGACAACGGUUCCGUCUUCAACCCAGAUGUGCUUAAUCUUACUGAGGAUGAUCUCGCUGUGAAGUUUGCUUCUAGUGUCUCCAAUGUCGCUGCAUUGGCAUUGGCCAUUUCCUACCCAACAGUUGUAGCUGCACCACAUAUGUUCCUCAAUGCCUACAAGAACGUCUUGGCAGUUGCUGUGGCUACCGAGUUUUCCUUCCCUCAGGCAGAUAAGGUCAAGGAGUAUCUAAAGGAUCCUUCCAAGUUUGCUGCUUUGGCUGCCCCGGCAGCUACUACUGGUGGUGCCCCUGCCCCUGCUGCGGCUGCUAAGGAGGAAGCCAAGAAGGAAGAGCCUGCUGAGGAAACAGAUGAGGACAUGGGUCUCGGUUUGUUCGAUUAA